AUGCAACAAUAUAAACUCCCAGGAACAUUCUGCCCAAUAGCUGAUUAUGAGUUAGUUCAUAAAGCUGUUGAAGCUGCUGAAAAGAUUGGAGCUAAAUAUGCAGUAGGGAAUGUUUUUUCUAGUGAUUGUUUUUAUGAUGAUGCAAGUUCAUUAAAAGAAUGGGAUAAGAUGGGAGUACUUGCUGUAGAAAUGGAAGCAGCUGGUUUAUAUGCUAUUGCUGCAAGAGCAGGUAAACAAGCCUUAACUAUUUGUUCUAUUUCUGAUUGUCCAUUUAAGGAAACUGCUCUCUCAGCUGAAGAAAGACAAACCAAAUUUACACAAAUGAUGGAAGUUGCACUGUCUAUUGCUUAA